AUGUCUUUAUUUUCAUGGAUAUGGAUGGUAACUGCUGAAGAAAAAUGUAAAGGAUAUCGUUCUUGGAGAUUUACCGUGGUACCUGGAAAUAUUUAUUUCUUGAAACCUAUUGAAAUUCAAUUUAAUAAACCAUCUUUCCAUUAUAAAGCUGGACAAUAUUUAUUCUUAAAUAAACCCGCUAUAUCUAAUUGUUUAAGAAUUGGCGGAUCUUAUGGUGCACCAGCUGAAGAUAUUUCGUAA